CGAAGAGCCAAAGACUUCUGGCUCAGGAUACUGCAUAUGCAACUUCCCCCUCCGAUACUCCCCCAAUCGUCGGAGCUAAAGAACAUCUGGCCCAUUUGCACCUCUGCCAGACGAAACACACACAAGGAGACCACCAAUGGACAAAGAAUCUUGGAAAGCGCAAUCUCGGACCGUUGGGGUGCUCGGUGCCACAGGGACUGUCGGCCAAAGAUUCAUAGUACUGCUGUCGAAGCACCCGAACUUCAAAUUAAUCCAAUUGGGCGCAUCAUCCAGAUCGGCGGGGAAAGCUUACUCGAACAUUGUUCGCUGGAAACAAGCAGUCCCGAUUCCGGAUAUCGUUAAGGAUUUGGUUGUCCAAGAAUGUAAUCCCGAACACUUCAUGGAUUGUGACAUAAUCUUCAGUGGUUUGGAUGCCGAUGUAGCUGGUGAAAUUGAGUCUGCAUUCAGAGCGAAAGACUUGCCCGUUUUUUCGAAUGCCAAAAAUUAUCGACGAGACCCGCUAUGUCCCUUGAUAGUCCCAUUAGUAAACACCGAACACCUUGGGAUUGUAGAACACCAAAGGAAAACGCACGUCGAUCCGCUUACGAAGUUACCCUCACCUUUGAAGAAAGGAUUUAUUGUAACGAAUGCGAAUUGUUCGACGACGGGAUUGGUGGUCCCCUUGAAGGCACUAGAAUCCAGUUUUGGGCCGAUCGACAAGGUCGUCGUCACGACGCUUCAGGCGAUUUCCGGGGGUGGUUAUCCCGGCGUGCCUUCGCUGGACAUUCUCGACAACGUGGUCCCAUUCAUCUCCGGAGAGGAAGAUAAGAUCGAAUGGGAAUGUCUCAAGAUCCUCGGCACACUGGACCACUCCACCCACCCCACAUCGAUCAUCCUACGCAGCGAGCAAUCCACCGACCGCUCAUUAACUGAGGUCCAGAAGACCUCAACCGGCUCAAUGAAGAUCAGUGCCACUACCACUAGAGUCCCUGUCCUUGAUGGCCAUACCGCCACCGUCUCCCUUUCCUUCAAAAAUCAACCCCCUCCUUCCCCCGAGGACUGUGUCAGAGCACUCAGGGCUUAUCGCUCUGAACCUCAGACCUUCAAUUGUCCUUCUGCUCCUACCCAUUCUAUUUUCGUUCAUGAUGAGGAAGACCGUCCUCAGCCCCGUCUGGACCGAUACUUUCAAGACGGCGCUGGUGUCAGCGUGGGUAGAGUCAGAAAAUGUCAAGUCUUGGAUAUCAAAUUCAUCGUGCUUUCGAACAACGUCAGCAUCGGAGCCGCGACGAGCAGCAUCAUGAAUGCGGAGUUAGCAGUCGCCAAGAACGUCGUGUGAAAGCUUGUUUUUUUUGGGAGGUAUGGGGGGUUUUCCUAUACCCGAGUCCAACAUCUCCCGUUCUCAAGCAACUAAGCACUCAAUAUAUAUAUCCUUUGUAACGAAGAUGAAAGAAUUCUCAACUUGGUUGUAUUCUAUUCUCCUAUUCAAGUACCUCCCGUUUUUCUUGUCCGCAUUGGUGCAGACUGAUGACUCGUGCCAAUUCGCGUGAUUUUUGGAAUCCAUUCAUUUUCUUCCCUGUCGAGAUAUGGGGCCUCAAAAAA